AUGUUCACCAUACGGGCAAACAGUGCAACCUACACGGUUAAUGACACUAAGGCCAGGUUUGUUUUGUGGACGAAAUGUGAAGAUUUUAAAUAUUAUUUGAAGGGAUCAUUGAGGUUUUCUAAAACUCCAUAAACCUCAAAAUGUCCAUUCCCAGUUUGUAUUCGAAACCGAUUUUUUUUUCUUACCUGGAAGCUUUUUUCUUGUCGUUUGGUUCAACAAGGCUUCAGAGUGUUCUGAUUGAAUUUGGCAAGAUUGUGAAAUAAUUGAACUACUCGGAACUGUCGCCUAAGAAGAUUAAUUGAUAAGUUGAGGGGAUUUCUUCAAUUAAUGGCCCAAUGGUUGAAGAGUUUUCAAUCUGAGAUUAUUUAGUGGGAAUAAAGUUUACAUAUUUUUGUCUGAAGUUAUCCAGGAUUCUUUAUUGGAAGUUUUUUCACCAGGAAACGUCAAAGUUAAGGUUAAAGUCAAUAUGAUUCCAAUUUUUCAGCACUCUGCACCGUGUCGACGCGCCACGGAACGACUCAGCCUCAGGCUUCGGACCACCUCCUCGGCGCCAUGUCAGCAGUCCGCCAAAAGAAGGAAAUCUGAGGGCGAGCAGGUCUCACGAAUCGCUGCUCAGUUACGCCGCAGCCACACAUAUGAUCAACCUUGGUGAGUUGUAAUGGCUCGUCAUAACACCCCGACGUGCGAUGAUUUGAUCGUGUCGACCAACAGCCGCGCCUCUUUCGAUGAAUUGGAGCUCGAGCUCUUAGUGCCGCCGCUCCAAUUAGUGCUUUGAUCUCACCUUGUCCUUUUUUCUAAGCUUAUCGUAAAAUCGGAUCAUCUUUUCGUACUGUCGGAGAGUUCCAAUCAAGCCUCAGCGGCACUUUGGGACUUUUCCAAUGAGUGCUUUCACCUCUUCUUUUCGAACUUAUCGUAGGUUUUGAUCAUUUUUAGAUUACAAACAAGAGAUAGUUCGGUUAAGAUUCAUUGAAAAAGAUCCAAUCCCAAAGCCGAGCUCACUUCGUCGUUUUGAUCUCAUUCUACAGUUUGACAUCAACCGUUUUUGAUAAAGUAAACAACCCAAAAGAUUUUCGCUUCAGAAUUUUUCUCUCUAUAGUCUUUUAGGUUUUUUUUCCGACUUGAUUUUUACUUUAUUCACCGCUGGCUUGGAAAAAAACGUUGCAGAGACCUCUGAAACUUUUUUUCACACUCCUCCACGGAAGCCUCAUCUUUUUUUUUCGAUACCAGCGAUUAAUGAACUAUAGCUUAAACCAUUCAUCAAGUCCACAUCUACUGAUCCUCACGCGUUUCACGUGAAUAUCCAAAAUUUUUCCGGCUUCCAAACGGAUAAAGGUCUAAUCGAGUGAAUGAACUCAGACAAAUGAGUUCGACAAGAACAAAAGAGUAGAAAUUAAUCAGCAAAAAGCAAUUUGCAGGGGACGACGCCCGACUCCACCCAGUCCAUCCUUCAGUGCUCGACGUGCCCAACUGCUUCCGCGUCGCCAACACUUACUACGCCUGCAGGACCCCUCUUGAGCGCGCAAAGUGGAUGGAGAAGUUAGUUUUUUUCUGUAGUUCUGACUAGGAGAAUGAGGAAUGUCGCAAUAGCCAAGCAAUCAGCUCCCGAAAUUUUCAUGAGAUUUCAUCCAGUACCAUUGAUUUUUGAAAAUCAAAUAAAUUAACUUAGUGUUCAGUCCAUUAAAUUGAAACAGCCUCCUGAAAACUUGCUGUAGCAUUUUUCAAAACAAAUUAUUGUAAAAUUUUUAUAUUUUUGUAGCUUGAAAGAGUUUCGAUAAAUCGGUAGCCUUUGAUGAAUGAUAAGAAUUAAAAACGUCCAUUUUUUGGCAGAUUCAGGGACCUUCGGAACGCCAGAGAGGGGAGACCUGAAGGGCAAUCAAAGGCAAACCCUUUACCACCCCCCUAGGGAACUCAGAAGCUUACAAAAAUAAUCACUUCAAGAGAAAGGGGCUAGUUUAUAUGAUUUCUUUGUGAAAAAGCAAUCAUUCAUACGCGGAAAACUCAAAAAAUUACGUUGAUCCCAAACCCCGUUAGGGAUCCCUAAAUUUUACCACUAUGGUAAGCACUAUUUUUUCUCGAGGCUGUUUCAUCUCCGUCUAGAGACCACUCUAGCGUUCUUAAAAUUACGAUGAAUAUCUCUUGAAUUUUGAAACAUCUCAAAAGUGAAACGAUGAUAUCUCUUGGAUUUUUAAACAUCUCAAAACUGAAAAAAAGCUGGAAACCUGUCAAAGGUUUGAAUAUCUCAGCUUAACCUAACAAAACAACAAUUCGAAAAGAACAGGACUGAACCUAGGGACCGCAGGCCAAUUUCCAAAGUCAGUGAUAUAAAGUUGAAACCUAUAUGAAAAAGAAAGCUGAUGGCAAUCGAUAGCUAACUGCGAAAAACAGAAAAAGAAAAAAAUAUGAAAAAAAUGAAAAAAAGUUAUAAGCAAAAAAAGUGGCGAAAUCGGGGGAACCAUUUUUUUGUGUAGAAACUUUCGUCAGGGUCGCAGGAAAAGGGGCGUGUUUAUAGAUGCCGCGCGCUCCUUGCUGUGCGUUAAUUCACGCAGGAGACGUUUCGAAAACAUAUUUAUUUGAGUUUUUUUAGAAGUUUUAAAUGAAAUAUUAGAGUUUUUCAUAUUGAACAUUGCUCUUUUUUUCAAUAUCAGCCUACUCUUCAAGCACUCACGCUGCUGAAAAGCGAGUUUUGAACAAAGUUUCAAUGCAUUUGUAAAAAAAGAAAAUAACCGACAAAAUAGACCUUUGCGAAGGACGAACAGCAUUAAACCGAAUUAAAAAAAUGAAACAGUCUACUAAGAAAUUUACUGAAAAAAAUAUGUAAAUAAUCACCAAGUCCUUUUUUUCAGAGAGUUUUUUUAAAAAAAGGGCGAAAGCGUUUUUUUACUUUUUGACUUUUCUACUUCUUUUAUUUUUUUCUCUAAAGUUCGUGCGUCUACAUGGAGUGUACGUAGACAAUUUUUUUCAGAAUUCUUUACUUGACAUUCUGUAAAAAAAUUCAAGAAAAAGUUGAGUAAAAGCGAAAUUUAAUACUUUUUCUCGCUGCUAUAAUGGAUAUAAUGAUAUAGGAAAAAAAGAUUCCAAUUAUGAAAUGAGUAAAAAGCAACUAUAAAGCCACAAUAAAAUGAGAAAACUUGAAUAGAAUACAUAAAUAGUUUUAAAAAAACCUUCUUCACGCUUUCGAAAAAUUUCGUGGCCUUCGCGGUGUCUGCAGAUUCCCAGCGACGCGCAGUUUUAAAAAUUACUUUCGAGCGUUUAAAUUAACAAUACUUUUCGGGCCAUCCUAGGAAUUUUUUUAUUUUUUGAUAUGUUGUAGAGAAAUGUCUAAUCUUUGAUAUUAUGAAAUAAAAAAACUUGCCCAGAACGCUUUGGGCCGUUUUCAAAGCGUUAUAAAAAAACGAAAAAUUUUUAAGCUUUCAUAUAAACUAUAUAAUCGAUGAAAAACCUUAUUUUUUUUCUAUUUUUUUAAAAAUUUGCAAACAACUUCAAACAACCGUUUAAAAAAAUAUAAUCAGUAAUUAUCGAUUGCGUUUUUUUCGAAAAUAAGGAAUUUCGAAAAAUCGCGAUUUUCAAAUUGCGUUAUUUUUUUGAGGCCAACCAUAGAAUUUUUUUAUUUUUUUUGCCAGAAUAUGCGUUUUUUUAGUUGCUUUAUGAUGUUCAAGAAUAAAAAAAGUUGCCCAGAAACUUUCAAGAAAAAAACGGGAUUUUUUUAUCCGUUUUUCGGCCACAAAUGCGUUUUUAAAAAAACUGUCGUCGUACAUUCUUAUUUCUUAUUUUUCAGUAUUUUCUUUUAUGUAGGAUUGUUAGGCAUAGCCGAUUGUAUGUUUCCCCCAACUUUUUCCCAAAUCGGUACAAGAAAACUAUUUUAAAAUAUAAAAAAGAACCAAAAUGCAACGAAAAUGACGAAGUUUUUUGAACAGCGAAGUGGGCGUGGCUCUGCGGUCCCUAACUGAACCGGCGCCCGAAGGCCACGUUUUUAAUGUUUGCCCAUGCAAUUUGCCAUACGGCCUGAAUGCGUCGGGAAGAACAUAACUACGCAUGUUUGCGGGCCCUUUGGCGCUUCACCCAAGGUGACUGUGCGGCUCGAGCCAUUAUGCAAAACGCACACACGGGCCUGCCUGACGUGGUGCACGCGGGGAGGACUGGCCGACGGUGUCGCUCUCCUCUUUUUCGACUUCACUGACCUCACCUCCUACCGCCAAAUAUCGAUUCGAUCCGAGGUUGACCGAUUGGACAUCGAGGAUUUUUUUUUCUUUUGGCUUUCACCUUUAUGUUCCUGUUCAAUUUACUCAUGUGAAUUAGUGUGAAGAACAGGAAAAUUUCAUCUUUUAAGGCUGAAAACUUGAACCAAGCUCGAUUCAAAAAGUGCAAAAUGAACCUUUUCUAACCUUUUUUUGUUUUAGGUUAUGUUUUUCCUGAUAAAAAGGAGGUAUGCUCAGUUUCAGUUUUCGCGCCGAAUUUUUAACUUUUUGUUUUUCCACAGAUUCAUUAUUAGAUAGGUUAUUUUUGUUAACUUGUUAACUUUUGUUAAAUGUUAACUUUUUUAUUUUCUCACAGAUCUAUGUUUCGAUAGAAUUUUCUCAAAUCUGAGAUUUACGCAAAAAAUUGAAGAGAACACUUCCAAAAUUGAACGGAAUUACCUGAUUUUCAUUAUUUUCGGGUUUUUUCGAGGACGCUUGAUUUUAUAUUGAUUUUAUAUUAUUUGCCUUUGACGUUUAGGUUAUCUGCAUCAAAUUAACAAGGGGGAUUAUCCUUAUCUUCAAUGAACUUAGAUCUUUUAUUUUCAAACCUUACCCUAAUCUAACAUCCUUUCAGUUGAAUUAUUGACGAGAUCUUUCUACAAAAAAGCUUCGAAGGGUCCACAAUAAAACCGGCACUUAGCGCAAAAUUAUGUCAUAAACUAACCACGGCUGGCGCUGAGAUACAGUAUCUCUUGCGAUGAGAAUUUUCAUGACGAUUUCAUUACCUCGUUCGGGGCGGAUAUUACUUGUGCAGCUGUUUAUUUAUUCAUUUCCUUUUUUCGUCCUGGCCGUUCUUGUCAUCAUUUUGACCGUAUUCAUAGCUAUUUUAUAAUUUUUUGAAAGUGCAGUUUUGAAAACUUCUGUGUACUUUUCGACAAAGAAGUUCCGAAAAGGAGAAGAGAUGUAUGGGGCGUAAAAAAGAAAAAAAAAGAGCCCUAAAAUUUCUCAAGGAUCUCAAUGUUUUUUUCUUGGAGAUCUCAGAACUUUUUAUGGUCCGAGUAGUGAGAAUCGGCCCUUGAGGCUUGUAAAUGUUUUCUUUUACAAUGAGAACUGAAAAGUAGUGAGGAAACACUUCGCUUCCGCUAAAAAACUCAUCAGUCGGUUAAGUUCUUUUGGAAUUAAUUUUGAUUUUUUUCAUUUUUGCCUUUUUUCAGUUACCGUUUUCACAUGAAAAAAAUUGACAGAACAAAACAAAAACUCUCUAAAAUACUAAUUUUUUUCCGUAGUUUUUUUCAAAUUUUUUUCACAAAGUUUCGAGAUACAAAUCUAAAAAAAGUUACUCGUUUUUUCCAGUAUUUUCGAACCAUUCUCAAUCUCCCGCCGGAAAGGAAUAUUUUUUUCGAGAGCCUUGGAACACUUCAAUGGGGAGAACCGGUACCUGACCUCUAAAUCUUCUUUACGGCUCCUUAACCCCUCGGAAAAGAAAGCCACUGACCCAUCAACGUUUGUUUUCGGCCCAAAACCAACCAUCGAGUUCAGUUCAUUUUUCAAAAUGGAAAAAAAAAUUCGGCCCCUCCGCAAGUAGCUGUGACCAGACGAUAGCAUCUGGCGAGUCGGGGCGAUUUUUCCGACUAGGUGUGACCUUGCUGUGUCGUUUUGGCACCAAACACGCGGCUUUUUUUCCUGAGGUGGUUUCAGCCUGCCGAAGAUUUGAAAUAAAAUCCCCAGGUGGCGUUUUUCUCCUCAUUCCAGAAGACCAGAAGACGUUGUUCACACCUCAUCAACCUCGCCCUCCGUUGUUCUGGGACCGAUGCCUUGGAAAAGCACUCCGCCGUUUCAUUUGCAAUUCAAAUCGGCUCUUUUCCGUUUAUUUAGGAGCAAUUUUUGUUCUUAGAUUUUUUUUGGGAGGAGCUUGAUUUUCUAUAACGGUAGUCCAAAAAAUCUGGAAAAUUCGCGAAGGACCAAAAUAGACAUUUUUUGGUUUUUGUUACGAACAUCUUGAAAUGAAUAUUUGGUUCUUAUUUCAGAUUUUGAUAGCCUUAUUAAUUCUCAAAUUCUCACAAAAAGACUUUUGAUCAGGAAGAAUCUCAAUCAGACCUUUCGGUUUUCAAAUUUCCGCCAAGAAAAGCUCACUUCAAUUGGUGAAAAAAAAUCAUAGCAAAAAUUGAAUAUUUGAAAGGUGUCUUUUUUUUAACUUUUCUGAUCAUACUGUAACACUUUGAUAAAAAAUCAAAAUCGCGUAGUCAAAAAUCAAAAAUCUUGAUCUCAUUUUAGUUUUUGGGCGUCAAGUCGAGGCUUUAGGAAGCUGAUCGGAAACGCAGGAAAAGUGUGGGCAGAUACGAUUACAAAGUUAGCCGCGUUUGCCUAAUGGAAACAAUGAAGCGAGAGUGCGUAGUGGAUGAUGUGCGCGUACGCAAAAUUCGUUUGCGGCGAGGAUCCGCCAGGAAAUUCAAUCUGAAUCCUCUUGGAAGUGCAUCUUCUCCCUAUCUCACCAUUUAUGCUUUUUUUUGAGCGUAUAUGUUUUUUGAGUACAGUUAGUUUCAUUCAGGAAAAGCGGUUUUCUGAAGUUUUUCUAAUAUUUUUCUUCACGCUUAUAGCUUUCCGAAAGGACCCCUUUUGUUGAAAGUAAGACAUUUUGCAGGUUAUUUAGUAGCUGUGAAAAAGUUCUGGUCAAAGUUUUGAAUUUUUCGGAACAUUUCCGCUAGUAAAUAGGGACUGUACUGUGAACUCUACGAGAUUUCGGAACGAUGGACAUUCAAAAAAUGAUUUUUUGAUGAACGGAAUCGUCAUAAUCAGUUCAAAAGUUCAGCGUUUCAAAAUUUAAAGCCUACUCUCGAGUUUUACAGGUUUCAAGUCAGCAGACUAAAAGACUUCCCAAAGACUUUCCCAAGCUUAAAAAACAAGGUUUCUGGUCAACAGACUUAUAACCUGACCAAACGCUAGAUAAUAUCGCAACCCACGCGUUUUACUUGUUUUUUGGUCUCAUUUUCUACCUCCACCACCUCCUUUUUCAUUUUCAAAGAUGAGAUACCCGAUCUUCAUGACGACAAACUUGCUCUUUGACGCCUCCAAACUCCGAAUUAGGGCCGAAAAUAGGUAUUACCUCGCGUCAUUAUGUUGCUAAAAAUGGUAGUCGUCUUUAAAGUUUUCGAAUUUGCUCACCUGACUCGACUAUUUAUACCAGCUCCUGUGGCUAUUUCCGUCUACUCUUGUUUUAUUUUGAUUUCAAUUGGUAAUCGUAGGGAACUGUUUGCUUUUUCGCCCAGAAUCACCCGAGAGCUGUGAAAAACCGUCUCGGCGCAAAUAAAAAGGCUUGAGAAUCGUGUGAGCGGCUAGUAUGUUUGAGAAGUUGGCUCGAGAGACAGGAAAAUUAUUCUUGUAGUGUCUUUUUCUGGAACUUUCCAGCUCGCUCUAUAUAUUGAGCAUACUUUCAGAUCAGUUAAAUGGAACCCAAAUUUUUUUUUAUUUUUUUCUUCCAGCCGUUUUAACAGUCCAAAAAUUUCCAUGGUUUCACAAAGAUUUUAUCUUCGUAGUUUGAGGGAGCAAAUCCAUAUUUAGGAGCUUGCUCUAGUCUUUUUGAUAUCUCCGCGCGCAAGCUGUUUUUGGUCCGGCGCAUCUUUCAUUCUUUAACAGUGCUCAUGUGGAGGGAAAUAUGAAAAAUGAAAUUUAGAGUGAGAUGAUAAAAAAAAAAUUCAGUGCGGGGAUCGAAUUCAGUAUUUAUUGUUCCAAAUUUCUCCUUUAUACAGUUCCAAAAUUAUUUAUUUGGUUCAUAGCUUCCCUGUUCCAAAAUUAGCCUCCCAAAACAUUUUCAUCAAAGUUCCAAUCUGAAAACUUUCGUUUGCACAAGCUAACCGUUCCUCCUCACGGGUUUUCAAUUUUUUUUCCGUCGCUUCGGGAGAUUAUCUCCACCUGCCCGACCGCUUGCAGGUUCUGGUCCUCCAGCGCGCCCUUCCAUUAUGAACUCAAUUCCAAUUCUUUUUCCCUCCUCCUCCGUUUCUAAAUGUUGUCCUCCGUAUUUUGGGUCGUGUAGUUGUUCUUGCGAUAAUGUUCCGAUCCGAUGCCCCAAAAGUUUUUUUUUUCGAUUGGCGAGGAGAGGAUAGACAUCAAGAAGAUUGAUACCCAGUUUAAAUCUCAGAAAAAAGUCGAAAUAAGGAGGUGGAGAUCUGAAAAUUGAUCAAGUGGCUGUGUAUUCAUCCAAAAUUGUUUCAAACCCAUAGAAGGAGAUUUUUUUAUUGAAUUCUGCUCGAUAAAAACGUGUCAAAGCUCAGAAGCAUGAGUAAAAUUUUUAAAAAUAUGAAAUUAAUAGGCCUAAACUUUGAAUAAUGGACAUUGUUCUCAAAAAAAUCGACAUCAACGAGAUUUAUCAGGAUUACUCAAAGUUUUCGAAUUUCGCCUUUUCUUAGAUAGUUCUGAUUUUACUUCUAUCGAAGUUUGUUGAAAAAAAUAAAAACUUUCCCCAAUUAAAUAUACAGUAAAAACUCAAACUAAGAACCUCAGGCCAAUUAUUUUCCACCCAUAAUUAAGAGUUUUCGAGUCAGAAAACGCCUGCUUCAACAAUUUCUCAGUAUAACUCAAUUUUCCUCAACAUCAUUAGUCUUCAAACAAGCUCCAAGAAGAACCAGUAAAAGAAAAAUGAGAAAAGGCCAAUUCUGGCUACUGUCAGAAGCUGAUCCUCUUCAUUUUUUUCUUUCAUUUGCGCCGCCACACAGUUUCGUUAUUUGGCCGGAGGGAGGCCUUCCUUUUUGAGAAGAAACGUCCACUCGGAGAGGGAAGAUCUCCAUUCUAGCGCCUCUUCAAAUCUUCCUCCUUCGCCAGUUCUUCCACCGCCACCACGCCUCCUCUUAUUUAUUUAUUUUGGCAUUUCACACGUCCUUGCGUAGAUAAUAAUACCAUGGGGCCGUGGGCCGGUAAGAGUUGCCAUUCCUCUUCUUCUUUCUUUCACUUUAUUAUUUAUAUUCGUUCGCAAAGUAAUAUCGUGCGCUGUAUUGUACUAGGCUUUUCCUCUUCUCUUGAUAAUUGGCUGAGAAAUUGAGAAUCUUUGUUCCUAGUUCACUUUCCUGCUUCUUGCUCAUUUUUCCGCCUAAAACCGUUUUUUGUUAAUUUACUCUGAAAUCUUGUUUUUUCAAUUUCGGCAGGGAUUUUCGUUUCUGAGAGAUUUCCUAGAGCGUCUUUUUUUUUCAAAGUUUUCAAUAACUCUGAUGGACUCUAAUUUUUUUGAUCGAAAAAGGCUUACGCUUUCAAAAUUAGCCACCUUUGAGCGAAUUCUGAAUUUUUUUGCUUUUCAAGUUUUGAGUAGAAAUAAAUUACCUUCAAUCACAUUUCUUUUUUUUUCGUUGAAAAUUUCUAAUCAGACGUCAUAAAAUAGAUAAAACGAUCUAUUUGAAUAAGGAAAAUUAUUGUAACUAUCGAAAAUCACGUUCUUCACACGACCGGUGUCGAAAAACUUUGACAACUGUAGGUGGCAGAGAGUUUUCCCAGAGCGGCUCUCAAUUAGCCACCGGCAUGUGGUCGACAUUUCCACGUCUUCUUGUGAUUGAUGGCGUUUGGUGCGACGCCUUCGCGGCACCUGUUUGGAUUUUCCCCUCCCAUACGUUGUUUUUUCACAAUUUAACCCAGUAACCAUUUCUUGCAAGGUAAAGGUUCACUUGAGUUCUGCUCUGAUUUUCUGGGCUUGGUUUGAAUUUUUUAGGCCUCUCUAUCUGUUCAAGAAAGUCUUUAUUCUUUAAAAAUAAAGGUUUUCGUUUUUGAAUCACUCGAAAAUCACUACGAAAAAAAUGGAAAAAAAUUUCUCAGCAGACUUUAUUUUUUUGAAAAAUUGACUUUCUAUAUCUCUGCAAUCUGAACUUUUCGAUUUUCAAAGAAUCGUCUUAAGCUGUUUUUUUUUGGUCUUUUUUGUUACUUGAACCAUAAAACCCUCUUUUCUGGUUUUCAAAAUUUGAACCUUGGUGCCAUAUUUUUGUGACCGACAAAAAACCUUUUUUUCAUCCGUUUUCUUUCCAAUUCUCGAGACCAAUAUGAUGAAUCUGGGUGCGCAAACGAGUCGUUUGUCUUUUGCGCGUCACCAACCACGUCGUUUUUUUUCCAUAUUUUUUGUGUUUGGUGAAUUUUCCUUCCUUCGAGAGGAAAUCCAUCAGAGUUCAGGUCAAGCUACAUGUAAGCUUCUCUCCGUUGGGCCCACUUAGUGGGCGAAAAGGUGUGAAUGAAGUGUUUACCAACCAUUUAGGAGCAACCGUUGCGGCGUUCAGUUUAGGAAAGAGUCGGAUAUUCGAUUUCAUCUAGUUCUAUUAAGUCCUUUAAAAAGAGAUGCUUUUUACCUCUAAAAACUUUUCUCGAAUUCGUAGCAAAAGUUGUUUUUUUUUAAUGUCUAGGCGCAAUUUUAAAUAUUUCUCUAGGAAAAAAAUCAGUCGCUCAAUUUCAAAAAAAGCUCUUAUCUUUCUAUGUCUACGGCCGCACUGAGAAUGGCUCAAAGCUUUUUGUCAUGUUUUAGACUAAUUUCACUCUGAUAGUACAUCUUUUUAUAACUCGAAUGAGAACUGAAGAUUUUUGACAGAUUCCAAAAUUUCCGAGUGGACAAAGAAAAAAGAAAAUUUUGCUGGUUUUUUCUCGAUUAUACAAAAGGUUGGACCGAACAUACCGUGUCCCUAAUCAACUGUUUUGACAUUUUCCAAAAAAGUUACCAAAACUGUGUUUUUCCCAUGCCUUUCAGUCCAUUUACACAUUUCUUCUUCCCAAUCGCAAAUGCGCUAAUUUCAAUUUUGCGGCUUAUUAUGGCGGUAACCCGUCUUCGCUCGGCCUCUUUAGGGCCAAUACAGAAGCUUUCAGUAAUCCGUCCUCCUUUUCGCCUCGUAGAACAAUUACCAACCUGCCAGCUGAAAAUUGCGCAUGUUUUUGAAAUGAGAUGCGUCCCGCAUUGCACCAUUAAUUCAUUCCCGAAGGCUCGUCCUUCUGUUUUUGUUCUUUUUUCGUCGAUUCUUGAUUAUCCUUGUUCUUAUUUUUGUCAGCAAAGUACUUCUAGAAAUCUAUUUUUAGCUGUUUUCAAUGUAGAGCACAUUCAGGUUUCUUAGAUGGUAUAAAAGACUUCAAUUUUCCAAAGUAAGGAAAUUUUUUCGAUUUUAUUCGGUAUUUUUCAUGAUUACCUUUUUUUGGACAAAGGUCUGAAAUAAUGACUUUUUUCAUGAGAUUACAGUUUUCCCUCACUAAGGGUGUCAAUAACCUGAUUUUCUAUUUUGAGGAUCGAAACCUGCGGAUGAAUUUAGGAAGGCGAAUUCACAAAGAAAAAUAGUCAGAAUUCAAUCAAAUUUUUUUUCGCUCAACCUUUGGCAAAUGAUAACUAAACCAUAUCCAGUCUCAUUUCAAACACCAAUUGAGCAGCUUGGCAAAAACUAUUUUUUUUCUGGACAACGUAAUUGGAGACGUUGUUGUUGACCGUGCGCAGUCAUCGGUGUCCAUAUAAUAAUGCGGCGCGGCACUGGACGAUCCAACCCGGACACACGCGCUCGUCAUUGACGAGAUGACUCUAUAUUUAUUGUCCAUUUGUUUUUUUCCUAAUAUUUUUUGCGGAAUGUUACAGCUAUCAUUUGAAAGUGAAAUUAGACAUUUUAUAGCUUUAAAUUGAGAGCUCAUGGCAAAUGUAGCUGUUUUUAUGUGAUCCCGAGCUACCUCACUUAUAAUUGAAAAAAAAAUUGUUGUCGGAAUCAAAUGAUGAAAUUUUCAUGCAAUAUCAUAAUAUCUAUUAUAAUAAGCCGCAAAAUCUGUUUGGUUUUAAAGAACUUCACGACUAUUUUCAUCGAUUAAACAAAAAAUGGCCCAGAUUUCGGUGACUAAGAAGCUCUAGCGCACUACCAGAACAGGCUAGAUUUCAAUAAGGAUAUAGCCGGGGUUUUUUGGAAAGUUUCCCUGUUGGAUCGAAGAGAAAAAAAAGUUGAGCAUCAUCGUUUAUUCAAUACGGAUAAUAAUACAGUUCAAGGGCCAAAAUGACCUCAACAGAACAAAUUUUCAAAAAGGGGAAUUUAAACAUCGGAAACACACGUAUAUGAAGAUUUAUUUUUCCACUCUCGUAUCCAAAAUCAUCAAUCUCAAUUUCAUAACCACUUUUGGUCGGUCGCAAUAACAUGAUUGCUGGUUUUCACGUUUGCCGGUUCGCCGAUCGGCGAAUUAGGCCGGGAAGCUCUUUCGUGUGUUUGUGCUCACCGUGUGCACCUGGUAAUGUUGUGGGUCACCUCGCUUAAUUAUUCUUUGUGCCAGCUUUUCUGGCCGAUUUAUUCCGUUUCUUUCUGCGAUUUGAAUGCAAAGCGAACGGAGAAACUAGGCGAAACGUCGUAAAAAGUUUAAUUGGCGGUUUGACACUGAGAUAGUCUGAAGAAGUAGGUUUUCUUGAAGUAAAUUUGCGAAAAGUUUUGGUGAUUUUCUUUCUAUUUUUCAAAUAACGAUACUAUAGAGCAAAUAUUAAUUGGAUUUUUUUAUGACUGUCAGUCGGAGAAAAGCAGGGCUGAAGAGCUUAAAAACAAAAAACAAGUUGAAAAUUUUUUUCGUGGACCUUCUUUGAGAUCAUCGGAAACCUGAAAAAGAUUUGAUAUAUCAAAAAAUAUUAAUAUUUUUUCAAAACAACUUGAAGCUUAUUGGAAGCAACCAACCGAGGCUUUAGCUAUUUCCUCUUGGGUCAAAACAGCUGAAAUCGGAAAAAUUUUUUCUCGAAUCAAAAAUCGCAUAUAAUUUACAGCUUGUCCUGAGGGGCUCCUAAAUAGAUUCUGAAUGCCCACGUCCUAUCGUUUCCUUCCUCCCACGUUCUUUUUUGCUAUUCUGUGCUCUUGUCCACAUAUAUCCAACAAAUUAUCCUCGAAUUGCCCACGCAAUUGUGUGCGUCGUCUCGGUUAUUGCGACAUUCAUUAUUCCUUCUCCUCCCUCUCAUUUCUUGAUUACGAUACUCGAGAGAACAAAUGAAUUUUUUCAGCCUGAGGCGAACGAUGAAUCCACGACGAGACGUCCAACGUCGCGUCGAGAAUGGCCUCCUUAUUUGGAUACUUGAGGCGAAAGGCCUUCCAGCCAAAAAACGGUUGGUUAGCUUACAUUUCUAGUGUUUGCACAGAGAAAAACAAGUUCUAUUUGUUUUUUUUCUGGAGUUUUUCGGAAGCUUCACUAUUCAAGAUAAUCCAAUUUUUGAUCAACUUGAAGGCAAACAGAAAAGUUGCAGAUUCUAUUGCGAGUUGUGUCUUGAUAAAACGCUCUACGCCAGGACUUCGUCCAAGACUCGCACCGACAAUGUUUUCUGGGGAGAGCACUUCGAUUUCUCGUUAGUUUUUUGGAAUUUGAUCAAGAUUAAAGAAAUAAUGGCUAGUGAAAGAUUGAAAUAUAUAUUUCAAACAAAAAGCUGAGACUGUAUGAAACUGACGUCAAAAUUGCAACAAAUAAAAAUAAUUUCAAACUUCAGAAUGCUCCCGAAAAUUGACGAAGUCUGCGUGAGUAUUUACCGCGAUGGCGACGCGAAGAAGAAAAAAGACCGCGCCACGUUGCUUGGCUACAUCACGAUCAGCAUCGAUCAACUCGCCAGCAAAAAUCCCGUCGAACGAUGGUUAGUUUUCAUGGUUUUGAGAUGAAGGUUAGGUGAAUGAACUAUGGAAAUUCGGAAAAAAAGAGUUCAGUACUCGCAGGAAGCUUUGAACAGCUUUGAAUAAUAAUAAUUUAUUCACAGAUCAGUGUGAACCCCAACGAGUUCACUUCGAUCUACAAUUUAAAUGAGGAAAGAAAAAAAGUUGAAGUAAAAAACAAAAAAUUGAGAUCAGUAAAGUCUUGGUGGAAUAGAGGUAAAAAAUUCGUUGCGAGGUAAAACGACCAAUAAUUUUUUCAAAGAAUUAGGUGGAAGUGUGAACUGAUAUUUGGAUGUAAGUUAAUUCCAAAUAGGAAUCGUUUUGAAAAAAAGUUGUUAGAAAAACUGACCUUGAGAACGUAGCCGAAGUGGAUUUCGCCUUAAAUUGGAUCUGAGGGCAAAAAUUUUUCGAAUUGAGGAAAGUGAUCAUGACCAGAAACAAUUUUUUUGGAGAGUGAGGAGAUCAGAAAUAACUCGUCUAAUGUACAGUGGGGUUUUGUUGAAAUUGCUCUAGACGAUCUGAAUAGGAAUCAAAGGAUAGGUUCGACCUAAUGCAAACUUUGCGGGAAAAAAUUCUGAGUGGGGAUUCAAGCUUGUAGCAAAGGUCAGAGUUAAUAGGUGGGUUAAAAACUUCAGAACAAUAUUCCAAUAUAGGUCUGACGUAGGUGUUGAAAAUUUGAAACAGAAGAGCUUUUCCAUGUAUCAUAGCCCUCUUGAAAAAUGAUGAAUUCCUAGAUAUGCCCUCUAAGAAAAAAAGUCGCUUGCAAAACUAGAAAUCUGCAAUGGCUAUCCCAUUUCUCCCAACGAGUGGCCGGAUGUUCGAAACCAGUAGUAAUUACAGAACCGAUUCUCCAAUACCUUUUAGUGUCAAUCAAGUGAUAAAAAACGUGUCGUGGGCGUUUUGAUGUGACCUUUUUCGCAAACAAUUCGAUCUUUUCGAGGCCUUCUGAAUGUUUCAAAACGUUCCGACGUCAUUGAGCUGUUCCGAGAUUCGCUUGGGGUGAAUAUCGGCAACUUCAAUCAUUUGUUUUAGUUUAAGAGAAAAAAAUCAUAGCCGUCAAAACAGAGAUACGCGGAAUUCUUCCAACAGACCAAAAACAUGUCUCAUAAUUACUUCCCUGUUUCAUCGCUUUACACUUCAAAAAAUUUUUCUGAUAGUGGCGACAACGAUUUUUUUUCCUCUGCAAAUUUUCAAAAAUCUAACGCUAUUGCAAGAUCUAGGCUAUAUUUUUUAUCAGAAUACCAAAAACAUGUCUCAAAAUGACUUUCCCGUUUCUGGCGCUUUUCACUUGAAAUAAUUGGUUCCAGACUCGUUCGUUUUACAAUCCUUUGUCAGUUGCCUUUUCCUUGAGGAGAACAGGAGAACUACACAUUUUCCACAAGAUACGCUACUGCCCUUUCUGAUUUGGGAAAUAUGAAAAUUUUCAAAUAUCUCUUUUUCCCUUCCCAUAGUCCAAUAAUUUUUGAGUUGAACUAGCCGCUCAUGGACCGUUCGCCGCCAAAUGUCCGGCUUUUUGACAUUUAGCUGUCAGAAAACGAAACCAUGAGCCAUGUUUCUUUAUUUGCUCCUGCAAUUCGCAGUCUGCAUGGCUGAAAAUUUUGACUCUUAAAUUUUUUCUCUUUAUAAAAUUAUUUGAUCAUAACUUCCAAAAAUCAUAAAAUUAUGAUAUUAUGGAUGAGACUAGAAUUCUAGGAUUUAAACGCAUUUAUUCUUCUUUUUUUCUCGGUUUUUUUCGCCAUGUUUUUUUCAGUUUAAUUUUUUUGAUUUUUCUCUAUUUUUUUAAUUUUUUUCUGCCAGUAGCUUUCAAAUUUCAACUCAAAAAAAUAAAUGCAAAUUUAAGAAAAAAAUUUGGGAUUUUUUUGAAAAAAGUGUCCUUUUUUUAUUUUUUUCAUGACUCACUUCUAUCUUCCCUUAUCAAUCGCCGCGCUUCUGUCGUGUUUUCCGUUCUCAUUCAAAAAAAAAGUUCCAAAUUAGAUGUCGCGACAAUGUUGCGGCACGCUUGAACCUUGGGACAGUUGUAUGCGACCGGCGAAUCGUCGGGUCACCGAUUCGGUGGCUUUGGUGCCGGCCUGCAAUUAUUUCGGCGUCAUGCCGGCUGACUUUUCCGACAGCCGAAGCAAUAUUUUUAAAAUGCUUUGGUGGAAUUUCAAGAGUCGGAAGAAUUAUGUCAGUAUCACGUCGUUGUUUGGCGAGUACUGUAGGUGUGAUUUGAACUUACGCAAGUUUAUUGGCUAGAGGAGAAUAGGAAUUGUGUAAUUUGAUUUUGGCUCUUUAAUUUAAUGUUAAAGAACGCAAGUCGUAUUGGGUCGGGUGCAAAGGAAAAAUUGUGGUUCAGCCAUCGAGCCACUCCAUGGGCGGCCGAAUGCGAAGAAAUAAAAUGAAAUUCCUCAAAAAUUGGCAUGAAACUUUCAAUAGGAUCAUAAGCAUGGGCCCUGACUUUAAAUAUUCCUAGAUUAAUCUCAAUUUUAAUUACAGGUACACCGUGAACACUACCAGUGAAACUGGAAGUCGAAUCGCGUCGGCUCUCGGAGCCAAGGCCAGCAUUCAGGAUCAGACCUCCUUGAGAAUCAAGGUAGCUUUAAUCAUUUUUUUCGGUUAUAAUCAAAUUUCGUUCAGGCCCGAUGGCAGAGUGUGGUCGUCUUGCCAAUGAGAGCCUACGACGACCUGCUCCAGCUUCUUUCCUACAGCUACCUGCCUCUUUGCGAGCAAUUGGAACCAGUUCUCAGCGUCCGUCAGAAAGAAGACUUUGCCACUUCCCUUGUCAGAGUUCUCUACAAGCAGAAGCUGGUCAAAGAGUUCCUCUGCGACUUGAUCAUGAAAGAAGUUGAGCAACUAGGUAACUUUUUACUUUUAAUCAAUUGUCCAAGUGGAAUUAUUAGAUAAUGACCACCUGAUGUUCCGUGGGAACUCCUUGGCAACAAAAGCGAUGGAAUCCUUCAUGAAGCUUGUAGCCGACGAAUAUUUGCAGGUGAGAGAUGCAACUCAGAACUUAGAAAAUGAGAGAAACAAUUUGCAGUCAACCUUGUCGGACUUCAUCCGGAUGGUGCUCAAGAGCGAGGACUCUUGUGAGGUCGACCCACAGAAGUUGAGCAACGUCUCGUCUGGAGUUCUCGAGAAGAACCGGGCUCUUCUCAUGAAGUUUGUCGAAGUCGCCUGGACACAAAUUCUCAACAGGUUUUUAUCAUCGUUAUUUGAUUAUUUUUCAAGUUUAAAAUUCUUAGUGCUCACUCGCUCCCACCAGAGCUGCGUGACGUCUUCUGCGUUCUCCGGUGUCGAUUGGACGCCCAGAAUCGAGGAUCUUUGGCAGACACCUUGAUUUCAUCCUCGAUAUUUUUGCGAUUCCUCUGUCCAGCCAUUCUCAGUCCCAGUCUUUUCAAUAUUGUGAGUCUCAUUUAUUGUCACAAAAACCACGUCGUACUCUUUGAUCAUUCAACUGAUCAGUGCGCCCGACUUAAAACUUUUCGCGCUCGACUUCACCUUGUAGCAUAAAAAAGCACAGUCCUCUUAAAUUACCAAAACGAAAAAUUUAGUGAAAAUUUGUUCUACUCUCAAUAUCUUUACAGGUUUCUGAGUAUCCUUGCGGCGGCACUGCCAGAAACCUGACGUUGAUCGCCAAGACUCUCCAGAAUCUUGCCAACUUCACCAAGUUCGGCGGAAAGGAGCAUUACAUGGAGUUCAUGAACGAGUUCGUCGAGAGGGAAUGGCAACGAAUGAAAGAUUUCCUGAACCGCAUUUCUACAGGGUUAGCCUUCUAGAAUUAACAAAUGAAUAAAAAAAUAUUUUCAGAGGCUCAGCGAACGAAAAGGUGACUGAAGCGGUGGUGGACGUCGGGAAAGAGCUGAGCUUGCUUGGAGCUUAUCUUGAAGAGACUUGGACUCCACUGGUAUGAUAAAUUGAAGAAGUUCCCAAUAGAAUGAGUAAAUUUCAGUUGCAAGAGAAGAAUAUGUCAAACAAGGCUCUUUGCGAUGUGAAGUCCAUUCUGCAUGAUUUGGCUGAGCAUAAACGGCGUUCUGAUAACCCGAACGCUUAUCACUCGCCCGUGAUGCAUCAGAACAGUAGUGACUACGAGAACAGUCCACAGCAAGUCUUGAGGUAAGAAAAGUUGGAAGCUUAGUUGGACCAAAGAGUUCGUACUUUCAGACCUCGAAACGAAAACCUCCCAGCCUAUCGUAGUACUCCACCAACUGGUCAGGCUACUGUGAUGGGAAGAUCUGCCACAAGUCGACCAGCCACCCAUCUUCUGACGGCUGAUGAUUAUGUUUUGUCUUCUGCGUUCCAAGUUUGAAAACUCCAUCUUUCGCAGGAGAAAAUGAGCAUUUCCAGACGCCCGGAAGCCGCAAAUCAGGACGAAUCAGCGAUGAAACAGGAACUUCGAGUAGCCGAACCAGCGACAAGACUACAAGUAGUGGCGAAGCUCGCGAUGACACGGAUAGCGAUGGAGAUGUGAGAAUAAUCAAAGAUUCGGGAGAUCAAAAAUUGAAUUUUUCAGAUGCGAGAAGAGAGAAAUCGUGCUAAUCGCAACCGCAAGCGACUCCCACGAACCGACGCUUCUCCCAGCAGCAGCCAGCCGGCUUCCAGUGGAUACCAGAGCAAUAAUCAGAGCAGGUUUGUUAAAAUUUCUCAUCAUUCAAGAAAAAGUCGAAAUUUAGCUACAGUAACUCGUCGUCCUCCUCGCCGGUGGAACGAGUUGCAGCUCUGUCGAUAGCAAACCCAGUUUUCGGGCCAGGACCGUCAGGAUAUGUACCACCGGAGCCUAAAGAAUCUAUAAUCAUGCCUCUUGCGACGUCGUAUCCGAACGCCGUUUACGCUCAAAAACGACCCAGUCCGCCUCCGUACGACCCCGACAUGCACAAUUAUCACUAUCAGCCGGUAAGGAUCCAGAAUCUUUAAAGUGGCCUCUUAAGGGUUUUGAAGCGGGAGUUGUCAUGUUAUUUGAGAUAAAUUCAUUUGAAAUUUUUCGAAAAACCGGUAUUUUCAAGAUGGAAAAAGGCCUUGUUGGGACACUUUUACUUUCCGCUUUGAGAAGCUUAGGAAUUAUAAAACUUCACUUUAUCGUUUCCAAUCAGAAAUGCACUAUUUAGCUUCCUUAUUGUCCAUUCUUAAGUAAAAAAGCUCAUAAAUUAUUGAAACUAGCUAAAAAUCGCAUUUGAAGGUCUACGCUGUACCUCCUGACUGUGAUACGACUUCGCGGAGCAACAAGUUGAGCUUGCCAAGGACCAACCCAAGAGCAAUGCGAAAUUCCGCUCUGUUGAGGCCUACGGUCGUUGAUGUUCCGGAUGACUGGGACAGGUAAAUUUAAACUUCAAUCAGUCCUGUUAAUGGUAUUAAAGUAACUGUGAUAGUAUCUGAUUAUUUUCCCACUCAAUUCAUAAAUUUAUUCGAAAGUAUACUGAAAGAAAAUACGCAUUUUUAACCAAAAAAAGCGCAAACCGUUUCAGGUCUGUUGCAAUUUUGAAAUAAGGUUUUUUGCCAGCGUUUCGUUUUGGAUAAUCUAAUGACGCAUGAAGGACAAAAUGUUUUUUUCAGAAAUGCCGGCAACGAAUAUUGGCACGACCGUCCUUUUGACCAACAGCGCCAACAGCAGGUAAAUUUUGGUUUAAGUCUUGUUUGAAAAAUUGCUUCAAAAAAUUUUUUUUGAGAGUUAGCAGUGCGCUUUUAAAUUUUAAAAGACUUUGAAGUCAAUUUCUUCAGCCAAAACAUUUCAAUAACGAGCAUUCCAGGAGAUAAUCGAGAAGCAAAAGCGCGAGAUCGAACGACUUAUAAGGGAGAACGAACAGUUGAAGAAGCACGUGGCGGCCACGAAUAACUUUGUCACAGUCAAGGCCGAUGGCAAGGUAAAUUGACAAAAGAAGUGGCGGCUCAUUAUUGAUCUCAGUUCUGAGUUGCAGCGAUCGGACAGCGGAGCAUCGGAAGAGAGUUACGAUUCCCUCAGCUCUUUGGACCGCCCCUCUCGCAAAUCAAUCAUGAUGUGA